AUGAACGGCCGGACCAGCCAGACGGAGCUUGACGAGCUGCAUAUGGCGACCCUCCCUGAUGGAUCCCAUCACAUCCAUCCGCUGCUGAGUUUCUUGUCGUUGGCCUCGUUCUCCUCUUCUUACCUUCUUCCGUCUUCCUGUAAUGAUUAUUGUUUUUAUUAUUCUCAAACCUAUCUCCCUUUAAACUCCAUCCUAUCGUCGCCCUUUUCUCUCCCUCUUCUUCUCCCUUCCUCCCUUCUUCGUUCAUCCUCAUUCCUUUCUUUUUUCUUUCCCCUCGUUCUCUUCUUGCUGAACCAUGGUCCCGGCGGGUUCUUUAUCUCUACACUGCCGGAUAAAGACACUGGCUACAGGCUGACUGACUUGCACGGGUGA